UUUUUUUUUUAUAUAAAAGUUUCUUUUAUUAUGCCAAGUGAACCAGGCCUUUCUAUUAAAGAUGCUAGUGGUAGACAAAUUAGUUUAUUAAAUGAUUCUCCUCCUCCUUCUUCUUCUUCUUUUACUACUCGACGUCGUUAUCAUUGUACUGAACCUGGUUGUAAUAAAAGUUUCACAACAAGUGGUCAUCUUGCUCGUCAUAAUCGAAUUCAUACUGGUGAAAAGAAUUUUCACUGCUUAUACCCUGGUUGUCCAUCACGUUUUUCUCGUCAAGAUAAUAUGAUGCAACAUUAUCGAACUCAUAUGUCACCUAAAUCAAGACGUCAUCCAUAUCAUCAUCGUUCUUAUCCCUUUCAUGAAAAGAAAAUACCUCAAUUACAUCGUCAUACUCAUAUUCAAUCAGAAACAAAUGAUUUACAACCUUUGAAUCAAUCUUGUUUCCCUACACAUACUUAUUUACCGCCACCAGCAAAACAUCACCCUUUACCUCCAAUGAAUUAUCAACAUCGUCAUGAAAUUAAUUCUACUCAACUUAACAAUGAUUCUCAUAAAGACAAUGAAAGAAAAGAUGAAUCUUCGGAUUUAUUACAAUUGGCUUAUAUUGUUAGUACUUUUGGAUGAUUGAUUUUGUAUAUAUAUAUCUUUUUUUUAUAUAUUUAUUUAUUAGUUUGUACAUGAUCUUUUUUAACUGUUUGAUAUACGCCACUACAUGAAUCCAAUAAAGAAUUUUUUUUUUUUUAAAAA